CGCACGCGGGCGGGCGGGGGGCGGGGCGGCCCGGACGGGCUCCGGCCCGGCCCCGGCCCGUGGGAGUCCAGUGGAAGGCCCGCGGGAGGACACGCGCGACAGCCCAGCCCGCCUCCGGCCUCGGCCCGCCCCCGCUCGUCGUGAAGCCGCCUCGUCGCCGUCCCCGCCGCCCGCUCCGUCCCGCUCCGCCGCCCGCCGGCCUUCGCCGCCCGCCUCCACUCUAGCGCCCGCCGGCCGCCCCGGGACGCCGGCGCUCAAUAAAGCGUUCCUCCAAAGCGUGUCUGUGCACUUGCUGUACCGCGGUCGCUUGUAACCGCUCUCACGUUAAAAAAAACCUUUGAUUUCUCUUUUUCUGACUUCAGCGAAAAUCCUGCUCCGGGUGCCUUUAGCCCAGUUUCAUUCAUCCAAGUUGUGGCCUUUCUUGCGCCUUCAGAAGACACUUUUCUCCCCACUGCUUUUGAUUGAUCUUGAGGUAGGGGAUUUCAGGUUUGGAGGGAUGAUAAGCGAACCAGCAGCUCGUUCACUUCAGGUGAUGGCGUGGCCAAGGACAGGGGCCCGCGACACGGAGGCAGCUCUUCGUCCUCAGUUCUGGGUCAGGUGCUCCUCAAGUCGUCGCUGAAAUCCCCGUCCUUCCGUGAGUUCGGUAACGUAGAGUGUGAUGUAUGCUUCUCCCCCUCUGCCCCACCCGCAGGUAUAUUAAAUAAAAAUCGUUGUACUACGUUUGAACUUUGGAAGCAUAGCUUCCUACAGCGACAGAGGAGUGGAUACAUUUUAUAUUUGGGUCAGGUUUUGGGUCAAUUGUGAAGAGUACCUGUUACCAAGUUUGGUUGAAUUUAAGCCUGGGAUCAUGGUCCAGGCUCUUGAUAAACGAACAAUCACGGAGCAUAGGAGAUAGAAAGUGUGCUUUGCACAUUGUCAACUGGCAAAGGACGCCAGGACCUCUUGACCAGGGCUAGACAGUCUGGCCAGGCAUGCCGUUGUGUCCCCAAGCUUGUUCCUGAAUUUGAGAGAAGUUAAGAUUGUACUGUUUAGCCCCUUGAGUAUCCCUCUUGGUUCUUCUCCUCCCUCCUUAGUCAUUAUAUACAGCUUAAAAAGGAUAAGAACAACAAGAAAAAAACAGCAAAUUAUUGAAAUGGGAACAUUUUUAAUUAAGUGGAAAUUGUCUAAGUCCUCCCUUUUUAACCCAUGCUUUUUAAGAGAUGUAGAACCUGGGAAAUGUGGUUACUGAAGUUUUUUGUUUUUUGUUUUUUUUGUUUACCUUGCCUUAGGAAGGUAGCAGGUGAUCACUGAAGAGGCAACACAGGCAGAAUAUUGCGUAUUUCAUAAACCUUUGAAGGUUGGUACAGUAGGCUUCACUAGACUUAGCUGCAACUCAGAAUUUCUCCUCCAGCACCUGAGUAAAUGCUGAUGGUCUUGUGGAGAGUGGAUUAAGAGUACGAGCUAAGUUCUCAGUCCCAGUUAAGAAGCGGAAAAUUUAAACUGUCUCCUUCAAAGUUUAUCACAACCACCACCAUCAAGACAGCAAACCAAAGGACAAAGACUUUGACCUGCUGUGUUGCUCUGUGUAGUCCGGUUCACGUAUGGUUUACAGACUUGGCUGGGGUUACUAAAAAGUAAAUAAAAAGUUGGACACUUCUGUUAUUGGACGCUUUUAUUCACAAGUUACCAGAAUGAGGGCUGUACUGGAGACAGCAGACAUUGCCAUAGUGGCCCUGUAUUUUAUCCUGGUCAUGUGCAUUGGUUUUUUUGCCAUGUGGAAAUCUAAUAGAAGCACUGUGAGCGGAUACUUCCUGGCGGGGCGCUCUAUGACCUGGGUAGCAAUUGGUGCCUCUCUGUUUGUGAGCAAUAUUGGGAGUGAGCACUUCAUUGGGCUGGCAGGAUCUGGAGCUGCAAGUGGAUUUGCAGUGGGCGCAUGGGAAUUCAAUGCCUUACUGCUUUUGCAACUUCUGGGAUGGGUUUUCAUCCCGAUUUACAUCCGGUCAGGGGUAUACACCAUGCCUGAAUACUUGUCCAAGCGAUUUGGUGGCCAUAGGAUUCAGGUCUAUUUUGCAGCCUUGUCUCUGAUUCUCUAUAUCUUCACCAAGCUCUCAGUGGAUCUGUAUUCGGGUGCCCUCUUUAUCCAGGAGUCUUUGGGUUGGAAUCUUUAUGUGUCAGUCAUCCUGCUCAUUGGCAUGACGGCUUUGCUGACUGUCACCGGAGGCCUUGUUGCAGUGAUCUACACAGACACUCUGCAGGCUCUGCUCAUGAUCGUUGGGGCACUUACACUUAUGGUUAUUAGCAUGAUGGAGAUUGGCGGGUUUGAGGAAGUUAAGAGAAGGUACAUGUUGGCCUCACCCAAUGUUACUUCCAUCUUAUUGACAUACAACCUUUCCAACACAAAUUCUUGUAAUGUCCACCCUAAGAAAGAAGCCCUGAAAAUGCUGCGGGAUCCAACAGAUGAAGAUGUUCCUUGGCCUGGAUUCAUUCUUGGGCAGACUCCAGCCUCAGUAUGGUACUGGUGUGCUGACCAAGUCAUCGUGCAGAGGGUCCUAGCGGCCAAAAACAUUGCUCAUGCCAAAGGCUCUACUCUUAUGGCUGGCUUCUUGAAGCUUCUGCCAAUGUUUAUCAUAGUUGUCCCAGGAAUGAUUUCCAGGAUACUGUUUGCUGAUGAUAUAGCUUGCAUCAACCCAGAGCACUGCAUGCAAGUGUGUGGAAGCAGAGCCGGGUGCUCCAAUAUUGCUUACCCUCGCCUGGUGAUGAAGCUGGUUCCGGUGGGCCUUCGGGGCUUAAUGAUGGCAGUGAUGAUUGCAGCUCUGAUGAGCGACUUGGACUCUAUCUUUAACAGUGCCAGUACCAUAUUCACCCUUGAUGUGUACAAACUCAUCCGCAAGAGUGCAAGCUCCCGUGAGCUAAUGAUUGUGGGGAGGAUAUUUGUGGCUUUUAUGGUGGUGAUCAGCAUAGCAUGGGUGCCAAUCAUCGUGGAGAUGCAAGGUGGCCAGAUGUACCUUUACAUUCAGGAGGUAGCAGAUUACUUGACACCCCCAGUGGCAGCCCUGUUCCUUCUGGCAAUUUUCUGGAAGCGCUGCAAUGAACAAGGGGCUUUCUAUGGUGGAAUGGCUGGCUUUGUUCUUGGAGCAGUCCGUUUGAUACUGGCCUUUGCCUACCGUGCCCCAGAGUGUGACCAACCUGAUAACAGGCCAGGCUUCAUCAAAGACAUACAUUAUAUGUAUGUGGCCACAGCACUGUUUUGGGUCACAGGACUCAUUACUGUAAUUGUUAGCCUUCUCACACCACCUCCCACAAAGGAACAGAUUCGUACCACCACCUUUUGGUCUAAGAAGAGCCUGGUGGUGAAGGAGAGUUGUUCCCCAAAAGAUGAACCAUACAAAAUGCAAGAGAAGAGCAUUCUGAGAUGCAGUGAGAACAGGGAGGCCAUCAACCACGUCAUUCCCAAUGGGAAAUCCGAAGAUAGCAUUAAGGGCCUGCAACCUGAAGAUGUUAAUCUGUUGGUGACCUGCAGAGAGGAGGGCAACCCUGUGGCUUCGUUAGGUCACUCAGAGGCAGAAACACCGGUGGAUGCUUACUCCAAUGGGCAAGCAGCUCUCAUGGGUGAGAAAGAGAGAAAGAAGGAAACAGAGAAUGUAGGCCGGUACUGGAAGUUCAUAGACUGGUUUUGUGGCUUUAAGAGUAAGAGCCUGAGCAAGAGGAGUCUCAGGGACCUGAUGGAGGAGGAGGCCGUUUGUUUACAAAUGUUGGAAGAGACUCCGCAAGUCAAACUAAUACUAAAUAUUGGACUUUUUGCUGUGUGUUCGCUUGGAAUUUUCAUGUUUGUUUAUUUUUCCUUAUGAACUUAAGGAUAUGGUGAGACACUAACUUAAGAAAAUACUGGUCUUUGGAAAAAAAUUAUGUAUGUAACUGUUGAUCUCUCAGGCAUUGUUUACGCUGUAGGUUUUAGCCAAAUUUUACUUAGCAGAAAAUCAUCUAUUUGUAAGACUUUAUUUUCUCAGAGAUGGAUGAAAGUAAAUUUACCUUCAACUUAAAUGAAACAAAGCUUAACAGACUGAAUUGUGCAAAUGUGGUUUAAAAUUUUGCAUACCAAAGUAAGGAGAGACCAGUUAUUCUCAUAGAGCACUUAGAGCAGAAUAUAUGUUACGAUACCAUGAAUAAGGUAUACUGUCUGCACUGCCAAGCCUUGGCAGACCUUAUCCUGAAGUAGAAGAUUUGCUCAUUUCUAAGUUUUUUCUCCUGUCUCUGUAAUCCCUACUAUAAUUAAAAAAACCACAAAAACCCUGAAUUCUUAGACAUUGUACAAUCAAUUAUAUACUGAAAAGCUUAACUGAUGUGUUUGUGUUGAUACUUGUUUCAGGACAAGUUAGUUAGUUUGCCAGGUUCAUUUUGUUAGCAUGAGCCUAUCUAUGGAUUCUGGAUUCUGAUUGCCAAAAGAAAGAAUGUCUCCUGUAGGUAUUUUUGUACCAUGGAAUGUUGGGGAAAAGCUUUGUUCUGGUUUGUUUUUCUUUUUUCCUACUUUGAAGUUUAAGUGAACUAUACUCAAAUGCCCACCAAGUCUGUGAAGUGACAUGUGAUUGUACUGUCUAAUCACAGGGAGAAGAUGAAAUGGUCUUACUGGUGGUCCCUGUAUUUGUCAAUCAUGUUAAGUUUGUUCAUAUAGUUUGGGAAUUACCAGCUCCCAAGCAGUGUUUGAUUAACUUAUACUGAGCAGAUCAUACUCCUAAUUUUCUAGUUUUAUUCUUGUUAUUUGGUAAAAUUCUUUGUUAGUCUAAUGCCUUCCCAAGUGGGUCCAGCUGGAAGAUAUGUCCAGAAACCUGGAGAAAAAUUGACAUUGCCUUUGUGUGCUGGGUUGCUCUGCUUCAUUAGAUCGUGAUUUUGAGGUUGAGUUUUUAGAGGGAAUAUUUAAUUCUCAUACCAUAUUGCAUUCUUGAUAAGACUGGCCAUCUGUACACAGCCUCCACAUUUUUGUUGUUAUAGUGACUUAGAGCAGGAAGAUGUUUCCUUACAAACUGGCCAUCAGUAACAGAACUCAGUGCACACUUUGCUGUUGGAAGAUUGUCAGUAUAGUCUUUGUGUAUGAUGAAUAGCAUGUUUGAGAGGUCAUGAACAAGAACUCCUGGGAUUAGUUGUUUGUCUUGUGGAGGGUAUUACAAGACUAAUUAUAGGACCCCCUAUCUCGACACGGCUUGGUAAACGGUUACAGUGUCUGUGGGCAAGAAUCUAUUUUUCACAGGCUGUUUCCCCUUCAUCAGAACAGGGUACAAAAGAUGUUAGAGAAAAAAGCUCUACAGAUUAUGUAGUUCUGUGUCCCUGUGUGCUCAACAUUGUCCUUUGUCCUCCAUAAAAGAUGAAGGAAGCAAAUUGUGUAUCUACUUUCUUUGACCUUCUUUAGUCUCUGAUACUUUUUAAAUUGCAUGAUUUUAUUAAGCUUGUAUUCU